AGAAACGCAGCUGAACGAAACGCAACAAACCCCAAUCAAAAGACUUGACGGAUUUUCUCUAUCCGAUUUCUUCCCCAGAUUCAAAAGAGAAAAAUCAAUCGAGUUCGAAUCAAACUCCAAUCAAUGAAAAACCCAUCGUCAUUGUUAUAAUUUCUCUUUGUUUUCCUCUUACUCAUCAAUUUCAAAGGAAUUUGAAGAGAAAUAAUAACCAUGAAGGGGAUCUAUUUCUAGUGAAUCUGUAUCGUUGCUGGAAAUGGUUUGGAAAGGCUUCACCAGCAUUGGAGAUUUUGUUGUACAGUCCAUACCUGAAGAUCAUUAUAGGAAUGCAUAUGAAAUUUAUCCUAAAAUUAGAACUGGACUGCGGUGCAGUAAGGCAUUGAGUUUCUAAGGCAGGAAUAAUAUCAUUAGGCAGGGAUCGCUAGGUAUGAAUGAUGAUUGUGGUGGUGAUAUGGUGGUAUGGUUGUUGCAGUUUCAGAGUGAGGUAUUGCGGGAGUUGUCUUUGAUGCGUCGACUAGUUGUUGCCACCGGGGGUGGUGCAGUUAUUAGGCCGAUCAACUGGAAAUACAUGAAGCAUGGAAUCACUGUUUGGUUAGAUGUGCCAUUGGAAGCUUUGGCUACCAGAAUUGCAGGUGUGGUACUGAUUCUCGCCCUCUUUUGCAUCAUGAGUCGGGCGAUGCUUACACAAAGGCUUUGGCACGGCUCUCAACACUUUCAAAGGAAAGAGGUCAUGCUUACACUAAUGCUGAUGCUAGGGUAUCCCUUGAACUUGACAAAUUCGGAAGAUAAUCAGGUAAUUCUUCCAACCAUGCGUGUUUGUAUACUAAAGAAUUUGUGGUGCAAUGGUAGCACGUCUGACUGUGAGGCAGAAAAUGCGUGUUCGAUUCACGCAAGGUUCACUCAUUUGCGUCUUUUUUACUGCUCUCUAUGUGGUGCAAAUUAUUAUAAUGUGUGAAAUUAUGCGUGCAAGUUGAUAUGGAAAGAUGAGGUGCUUCAGUAAUGCAAAUUAUCUUUUAACUGUACAAUUUGUACUCGUUGCUUCGCUUGGUGUAAUUAUCGGUAGUGCAAAUUAUUUAAAUGUGUUUCGUCAAUCUCGCUCGAAAUUUACCAAUUUCCUCAAAUUAUUUGUAAAAAUUUCGUAAUUAUCUGCAAGAAUUUAGUUGAUCUCGUAUCUCAA